GUUGUUUCAUUGCUAGGUUUGAGGACAUUGGAGUUCCAGCCACAAUGAUUGAGGUGGUUUGCAAUGACCAUCUAGGAAAGAAAGUCCGCGUUAAGUGCAACACCGAUGACACUGUCGGCGACCUGAAGAAACUGAUAGCGGCUCAAACUGGCACCCGCUGGAAUAAGAUCGUUCUUAAAAAGUGGUACACGAUUUUUAAAGACCACGUGUCUCUGGGAGAUUAUGAGAUCCACAACGGGAUGAACCUGGAGCUUUAUUACCAGUAGAGGGGACUCCUCCCCUCCUCCCCUCGUCUCCCUGCUCUGCCCUGCCUUCCCCUCCCUCCCUCAUUUGACACUGGUAUAGAUGGUCAUUUUUAACAGUUCACAUGAAUAAAACUUUGCUGCUGCUUU